AUGGAUGAAACUGUUGCUGAAUAUAUCCGAAGAACUGUACUAAAAAUCCCACGAGAUGAAAUCAAGACAAUGCUACAGAAAUGGGGCUUUCUCUCAGAGGCGCAGCUGCAAACCAUAAACUUCCAUCAGUUAAAGGAUAACAUUUCUCAAGAUGUUGUUCAGCUCUGUGAGGAGAAUUCUGCAGACAUAAAACAAGCAGCUGUCCUAGACAUAAUUUACAACUACAUCUACCCAAACAAAAGAGUGUGGAGUGUUUACCAGAUGAACAAAACAGGGGAAGAAACAGAUUUUUUUGACUUAACAGAUUUCAAAAAAAAAAUUAAAAGACGACUUCGCUCAGCCUUGAAAAAUGUCACCGUCACCUUUAGAGAAUAUGAGGAUAAUGCAGUCUGGAUUAGAAUUGCCUGGGGAACGCCAUAUACAAAACCAAACCAGUACAAAACCAGCUAUGUUGUAUACCAUUCACAGACUCCCUAUGUCUUCAUUUCUGCCUCGGUGCUUAAGAGCAACUUGCCUCUGCUAUGUCAGGCUCUGGUUGUUGCUUCCAAUUACCAUGACAUCCGUGAAAUGGAGCUUCGAAGUCAUUCUUUAAACUCCCUCAAAGAUAUUGUGUUUAAGAGAUAUAGCCAGAACUUCCAAACUUAUUAUCCGAAACCUCUACAAGAAAGGGACAUAGCACCAGAAACUGAUUUAAGGAUAAUUCAAGAAAACAAAAACGAGAAAGAAAGAAUAGAGAGAGUGAAUCGGGAAAUUUUUGGUGAUGGUCCCCAACCAAAACUCGAAUUUGCACAAUAUAAGCUUGAGACGAUGUUUAAAAGUGAUCCUAAAAUGGAUGUUUUGGAUAAAAAAGAACCGUUCAGAUGUCUGGUCAAGUUUUCUAGUCCACAUCUUUUAGAAUCGCUGAAAUCCUUGGCACCAGCAGGUAUGGCUGAUGCACCACUUUCACCACUACUUACAUGUAUACCGCAAAAAGCUAGGAAUUAUUUUAAAAUUAGAGAGAAAAAAGGUUUAUUUCCAGGAAGCUUUGUAAGCCCUUAA